AUGGAGUACAUGUAUAUGACAAUAUUUAUGUUUUUCCUUAUCUUGGCUAUAAGUGGCGUUAAAAGUGGUACUGAAACAACACGAAGUACUGAAACCACGCCAGGUUCCGAAAUAACACAAAGUACUAGUACAUCAUGGAGUACUGGUACAACACCAAGUAUUGAAACAACACCCGGAACUGAAACAACCCAUGAUUCUGAAACAACAUCGGAUACUGAAACAACCCCAUAUACUGAAACACCAACAAACGCUGAAACAACAUCGGAUACUGAAACGAUACUAAAUACUGAAACAACACCUGGAACUGAAACAACACUAGAUACUGAAACAACACCUGGAACUGAAACAACCCCAGAUCCCGAAACAACAUCGGAUACUGAAACAACAACAGACACUGAAACAGCAUCGGAUACUGAAACAACACCGGAUACUGAAACAACACCGGAUACUGAUGAAACAACCCAAGAUCCUGAAACAACAUCGGAUACUGAAACAACUCCAUAUACUGUAACACCAACAAACACUGAAACACCAACAAACACUGAAACACCACUAGAUACAGAAACAACAACAAACACUGAAACAACAUCCGAUACUGAAACAACUCUAGAUACUGAAAAAACACCUGGUACUGAAACAACACUAGAUACUGAAACAACACCUGGUACUGAAACAACACUAGAUACUGAAAAAACACCUGGUACUGAAACAACACUAGAUACUGAAACAACACCUGGUACUGAAACAACACUAGAUACCGAAACGACAACAGGUACUGAAAUAAUAGCAGAUACUGAAACAACAGAUACUGAAAUAACACCAGAUACUGAAACAACUCCAGAUAGGCCUACUGAAACAACACAAGAUACUGAAACAACACAAAGUAAUCAAGAACCAACAAUGAAUCAUCAUCGAGGCAUCCUUUACGUUUCUGUUAGCCUUCACAUAUUCUGUAUUAGCCGCAUUGCUAUAAUGAAUUCAUCUAAAAUAAUGAACGCACUGAUUGCUAUUGGUGCUUGUUUGAUCAUCGGAGUCACGGCACAAUAUAUUAACCCAUUAGCCGACCCAAACUGUCCAUUUCAAAAUGGGCAGAUACUGCAUGACCCUAGAAACCAUUUAGGUCCUGGAUCGCUAAUUGAUCCAAGAUUGACUGGGUUGAAUUAUGAUACCCCUGCAUUAGCACAUCGUGUAGACAUUUCAGUAUCACGAGGACAAAGAUUUAAUCCAAUCUCAAGAAGAUGGAAGAGAAGCACUUACAGAGCACGUCCUUCUUAUCGUAGAGAUAGAGAUUUUAAUAGAUUGGAUAGAUUUGAUAGAUUCAAUAGAUUCGAUACAUUCGACAGAUUCGAUAGAUUUGGACGAAGAGGAGGCCGAGCAUAUGAUCGUAAUGAUUUCCUUGGAGUGAGAAGAGGGUGGAGAGGUAAUGGUCGCGGUGGUCGUGGAUAUUGAAAUAUUCAAUGUGUACAAAAUUAGUAACAAAUAAUUAAAAAAAAGUUAAGCAAAAUCAAAUGUUCUGGUUGUACCAAUUUUAUAAAACUAAUAAAAAACGUUACAGGGUAAUUAA